AUGCUUGCAACGCCACCAAAGCCGCCAAAAGCUAAGAAGGCCAAGACGGAGAUCAAGAUGGAGCCAGCAAGUCCUGUUGGCUCUUCUGUCUUGAAGCAAGCGAUGUCCACCUAUGCUGACAAGGUUUCCGAGAUGGGCGUCUACUUGUGCGCGCUAGAUCUUUGCGUGUUAGCCACCGGCCUGAAUAUGGAUGUCAGCAUUGUUGUUGACAAGCUCACGGGCCCGUUGGCUCCUGCUGCGCUUGCAGACUACAUCCACGACCUUGUGCCUGAUAGUGGCUUCCAGCUUUCACAAAACCCAGACAAGGUUGGGACCUUCAUAUUGACGAGCGCAGACUUCAAACCCUCAGACGGUGUCAAGGUCAGCAACCAUUGGAUGCCUGCAGUCUCUCUAGCCAACAUGGGAGAAGAACGUUUGAAGGCUCUCAUUUCUCUGGGCAUGUGCGAUGCUGAAUUGGAAGUGGCCGAGGCUAAGGCAAAGUGUGCCAGUGUGCAGGCGGAGUUUGCGGAGGCCCUGCGCAUGGGUGCCAAUCAAGACAAUGCAUUAGCUAAGGUAGAAUCUGCCACAGAUGCUUUGGAGAAUGCUGAGGCAUGGCUAGCCUUUAGAAAGAGAUGUGCUGAUAUUUCCCUGUGCCCUGUGGAAGUUCCAGCCGAUGGGAAUUGCAUGUUGUGGAGCUUGCGAUGCUUUCUUGAGGAGGCCUAUGAUGGAAGUGAAAAGCUUGACCCUAAGGUAGAAGCCGAUCUCUUUGGAGUGAAGGUCUUGAGAGCUGAUUUGGCAUCCGCGUGGAGAAUUCUGAAGAAGUGUUCAGUGUGGCAAAAACACUUCAAAAUCUUGAUUGCAGAUGACGAAGACCCUGCCACGCCCAAGAAACGUGUGCAGCCAAAGGCCAUGACAUCGCCUGCCACCCCAGCUCAGAAGGUGCUUUUGAAGAAGCAAAAACAACAGAGUCGGGUGGAAGUGGUGAAGGGACACAGCAAGGCACCUGAUUGGAAGCCAACGAUGUCAAAGUUGCCUGGAUUGAGGCAGCCAACUGAGAAGAAAACACAGAUGAACUCAGAGCCACACCAGGAAGAGGAAGAGGAAGCCCCGGAAGUGCCAGAUGCAGAGGAGCAGAAUGACAUGUCCAUGGUUGUGGUGAAAAAGCAUGUUCGCACAUGCAAAAAGAAAAAGAAGACCAACAAGGAAAGGAGACUCCGUGGCCUACGGCUUUACAUCGCUGAGAUUGGCAUGAGCUAUGCCAAGUGGCAAUCAAGCCACUGGCAGCAAACAGGGUGCAAGAAAGCAGGGCAUUGCAAGUCAGGUUUGUGGACUGAUCUCCUGAAGGCUAUUGAAUCCAACACCAUGCCAAAAGAGCCGUGCCCAGCCUGCCAGAUUCUUUUGGAUAGCGCAGGCUUCUGCCAGGAGACUGCAGAGAAGUGGAUGUCCAAUCAGCAGCACGAGGAAGAGCCAGACCAACGUGUUGAUGAUGCAGAUGGAGCCUCUAGGCCCGAUGAGGCAGAAGAUGUUCCUGCGACGAGGCCUGAUGAGGCAGAAGGUGAAGGAGGCGAGCAAGAGAAAGAGGACUUGUCUGUGGAAGCCAUUCUUCGUGCGGUUGACGUCUACUGCGAGGCUGGAUGUUGCAAAGUGGAAUUGGAUGGAAUUGGGAUGAAUUGGUAG